CCACAAAGCGAUAGUAUCGACACCUCCCAAGUGGAAGGGAAUGCUUCUUCGGCGGUAAAACAUGCAUUGCUCAGCUCUUUGCAAUCGAUGAAGACCAGCCACGUCUCGCGUCCGAUUGGUAAGCCCUUCAGAGGUUUCGAAUCCGAGUUCACAUCACGGCUGCAACUAACAGAGGUAUCUGUAUUGCCAAAGGCAGAGGAGCCCAAGAAACUCGAAGGACGUGCCAUCUUCGAGGCGACUGUGGACGAA